ACUCUUCAGAGCGUGCGGUUUACGGGUUCCUGUGGGUUCAGCUCCUUAAAACUAAUCGUCUCGUUUCUUUAUCCGCAUCAAGUCUGCACGGUGACGAAUUUUCUUGGUUCGCAGAAGUGGAUUUAAUGCAGGUUUUGUUUUGAGUACAAGAUGAAGAUGCGAAACAACCUGGGAAUAUUAUUUUUUCAGUUUUCCUGUACUGUAUACUUUGUAGAUGCUGUUGACAGGAACAAUAUUUUCCCAUUUGGGACAGUAAGCGGAGAUUUAACUCUUCCAGAGGGUGACGAUGAAGUUUCUGAAACGCUGAAACUUAACAGACCCAUGUAUUUCUACGAGACGCAAUUUAGCAAGUUAUACGUGGCUACCAAUGGAAUCAUUUCCUGCCAGGAUUUGCCCAGGGAGAAGCAGUAUGUGGAUCAUGCUUUCCCAAUGGACUUCCCCAUCAUUGCGCCUUUCCUAGCUGAUAUUGAUACUAGCAAUAACAGAGGGACAGUCUACUACCGGCUUGACGAGUCACCAGGUGUGCUUCAGCGCCUUUCCCAGGAAGUGAACCGUGGCUUUCCAGGUGUCAGCUUCACAGCCACACAUGCUGUUAUUGCUACUUGGGAAGAUGUUGCUGCGUAUGAAGAAGUAAAACACAGUUCUGGGCCUUCAGAUAGGGUGAACACAUUCCAAGUAGUGCUGGCAUAUGAUGAAGUGGACACUUUUGUGUUAUUUCUAUACCCUGAUGAUGGGCUGCAUUUCUUUGGGACAAGGUCAAAGGAAACUUAUAAUGCUCAGUUGGAGCUCCCAGCUCGGGUGGGAUUCAGCAGGGGAGAAGUGCCUUUAGUAAAAUUUUCCCCUAUGAAGGAGCUCUACUAUAGUGUUACCAGCACUGAAAAAGCUGUUAAAAAUCUCUAUCAGACGGGCAAUGCUGGAGUGCCAGGGGUGUGGCUCUUCCAUGUUGGAAACCACUUUUCUUUCAACAACGUGGUUCCUGCAACACUGAUUCAGGUGGCUCCUACAGUUAUGCCAUUGGGUCAGAACAGACGGGAUGCCACCAUCCCUGACUACACCGAAUACAUAGAUCACUUUCAUGAUCAAGCAAGUGAAUACAAUUCCAAAGUCCUGUCAGGCUCUGAGUUCCUUCCUCUAGCUAUGUCUGAACUCUUGGAGUCAGAUCACACUGCCAUAUUUCUUUAUCCUUUGGCCACCAAGAAUAAGGAUCAUGACUUCCUGGCUGAUCAACCACGCAUGCAGACUUAUAAUGGAGAUAGUCCAUUGAUCUUCAGGCACCGACUUUUGGAUCCUUUGCCCCCCACCCCUCCUGCCUCAGGUCCUGGGGGCUACCUCACUCCAAAACUCAGGCAGCACUCAUCUGAAGGUCUCAGUCAGGACAUAACUUCAAAAACCAACCUGAAGGAUCCUGGCAUGGAAAACACUGCUGACUUGGAGAGAACGGACGAGAAUGUGGACUUUGACACCAGGGUAUUACAGCAUACUUCUGAAGACAUGAAGAUGUGUGCCCAGUUUCAGCAGGCCUGUUCCCCAAAUGGCUACUGUGCUGAUUAUUCCUCCGGUUCCUGUUGUCAUUGUCACUCUGGCUUCUAUGGCAAUGGAUGGCAAUGUUUGUUAGAGGGUGCCCCCCAGCGUGUGAAUGGAAGGGUGAGUGGGCUUGGUUAUGUGGGGGCCACCCCAGUUGAAAUGGACAAUGUGGACCUGCAUAGUUAUGUUGUGGUAAGCGAUGGACGAGCCUACACUGCCAUAAGUCAGCUCCCCGAGCCUCUAGGCUGGGCACUGAUGCCCUUGGCUCCUGUGGGAGGUCUGUUUGGCUGGCUGUUUGCUUUGGAGCUUCCAGAUCACAAGAAUGGCUUCCGCGUCACUGGUGCAGACUUCACUUAUCAUGCAGAGGUUAUCUUCUACCCUGGGAACCAACGCCUCACUAUUAUCCAAACAGCUCAGGGUUUCAGCCCUGAAAGCUACAUCAGAAUGGACACUCGUAUUCAUGGCAAAAUGCCGUUCAUUGUUUCUGGUGCCAAAGUUGAGAUAGAGCCAUACAAGGAAGUAUACCAGUAUUACCCCUCAUUGGUAACAUCUUCUUCAGUCCAUAAGUACAAAGUGGUGUCAGCAGAGAUGGGCUCAGAAAUGUUCUCCUAUCAACUGUAUCAGAACAUAACAUUUCACGAAUGCCAGCAUGGCCCUCAGACCAACCCCAAGAGCCAGCAGCUGAAUGUGGAACGUGUCUUUGUUACGUACAUUAAAGAGGAACACAUUAUGAGAUAUGCCAUCACCAGCAAAGUUGGACCAGUUACAGGAAAAGCCCCUGAGCCUGUCCUGUUGAACCCAUGCCAUGCUGGAAUGCAUAACUGCGAUGCCAAAGCGCAGUGUCUACCUGGAGAGGGGAUGCAUUUCCAGUGUCAGUGCAGCACAGGGUACAGAGGAGAUGGACAGUAUUGUACUGACAUAGAUGAAUGUAAGUCCAUCCCCUGCCAUCUUCAUGCCUCCUGCUCAAAUACUGAGGGAUCCUUUGAGUGUCAGUGCUGGCCCGGAUUCCAGGGGAAUGGUGUCCAGUGCAUUCCUCUCAGUGUGAAACCCUGGCCCACACAGCGCCCGGAUAGCAUUUGUGAACGCUGGAGAGAUAGCUUGAUGGAGCACUAUAGAGGUCAGCCAGUCUCAUCCCAUUACACACCCCAGUGCGACAGCACUGGUCAGUUCAACCCUGUUCAAUGUUAUGGAGACAGCAAUUACUGCUGGUGCGUUGACAAGGAUGGGAGAGAGGUGCCUGGGACACGCUUGCACAAUGCUGUGAAACCCGCUUGUAUUCCAACUGAGGCUCCCCCCACCAUGUACCCAGUACCUCCUCCUGAUAUGACACUCUCUGCAUCAGCAACUAGUCUACUUUAUGCCCAGGGCCAGCAAAUCGGAGCAGUGCCCCUUAAUGGUACCAGAAUGGAAACAGGAAAGGCCUCUACCCUGCUGGCACUUCACGGCUCUAUUGUGGUUGGGAUUGAUUACAACUGUAAGGACAAAAAGAUUUAUUGGACAGAUCUCGCUGGACGGACAAUCAACAGAGCCAGUUUAGAGCCAGGGGCAGAACCUGAGACUGUCAUCAGUACAGGGCUUACCAUUCCAGAAGGUCUGGCCGUGGAUGCUUUUCGGAGUACAAUGUUUUGGGUUGACAGUGGUUUAGACAAACUUGAAACAUCUAAUUUGGAUGGCAGUAGAAGAAGAGUCUUGUUUGACACUGAACUGGUCAACCCACGUGCCAUAAUUGUGGACUCUACCAGUGGAAUCCUCUUUUGGACAGACUGGAAUAGAGAUGCUCCAAAAAUCGAGCAGUCAACUGUUGAGGGCCAGAACAGAAGGAUUUUGGUCCAGGAUGGGAUUGGAUUACCCAAUGCCCUAACCUUCAACUCAGUGUCCAAGCACCUUUGUUGGGCAGAUGCAGGUACCAAACGUCUGGAAUGUAUUGCACCAGAUGGGACAGGAAGACGGGUGAUACACAGCAAUGUAAAUUACCCCUUCGGCAUGGUAUUCUAUGCCAACCAUUUCUACUACACAGACUGGAGGAGAUGAUGGGGGAAAAGUAGGUGGUGAAUAACAUAACCAACAAUGAAAGCAGCCAUUUUGGUGGAUAUUAAACAGACAAACAAGAACUGACAGUCUGUUGCUUGGGGUCUUAGCUUACAAAGGAAAAUCAAAAAUGAACAUGUACCUCUAUUUGUAAAAGAUCAUUUGGGUGAAAACUGACAUGGAAGUGAUAAUCCAGCUCACCACUGAGGAAAAAUCUGUAUUUGUCUCUUAUUAUGUUCUUCAUAAUACUAUCACAAUCAUUUUGAUCUAAGUUACACAAAUAAUAUUUAAAGUACUGAAGUAAUACCAUCACUUUCUUAUACAAAUCAGAAAGAAUGCAGUUGUUUUCUUUUAAACAUUGUUUUCCUCUAGAGUAUGUACAAUGUAUUCAUAUUUGGAUAUGUAUUAAGACUUGACUGCAUUUAAAAUCAUGUAAAAUGUGAUACAUAUUGUACCAAAUUUGCUUCUGUAGUGUUUUAACCUUAAGAACACAUAUAAUGCACAAAUCCACAUCUGUUGUAACAGUUCCUGAGACCUUGUGUCCAUUUCCCAGGUUCUUUGUUCUUCUACUAUUCCGUCACAAAAUAAAGGCAAAAAAAAGCUUAGUAACACUUCA